UUCGGGUCCAAAGCCCUAAGGAUUUGGAAAUCGAGGUCUGAAGGAGGUUGCUGCGAACGAGGAGGACGCAGCCACACUAGCCACGACUCCCGGACGUGCUCCAACCACUGAGUGAAGCUCUUCGUUGUGCGGCUCGACGGAUUCGUCCGGAAGAACAGUAGCAUGGAGCACUUCUCCUCGCCGGAUCCAACGGCGGCGCGUCGCCAAUCAACAGGCCGGAGCCUGGCGACGGCGCCGCAGCGGACGGUUACGCGUCGGAGGAUUUCGCCAAGAAGGAUUCAAGUAUCUGAAUUCUCUGUCUCGCUCUCUCAAGCCUGCAAUCGUGGCUUUCGCUAGGUCUUGGAAAUCAACUGAUGUGACUCGGGAGAUUGUUCUCUUGCCAAGAGUUCAAGAACAAAGUGUUGGAGCAUAGUGAGCACAGCCUGUGAGGAUCAAAAGCUCUCAAUCAUUGCAAUGGACAGCAUGUAGAUGGGAGCUGCAUGCAAAAGCACAAACCUUUGGCGGUAAAUCGAGAAGAUGCCUGUGGAUUCCACGUCACAUAGCCUUUAACAUCUGAGAUAAGGUGGAAGGUAUUCUCUUCCCAGUCUCUAAUUAUAUUAUCCUUUAUAAACCACAAUUAAUCCUCUCCAAACCCCAUCCAUAUUGCCAAGAAACGAUAAGUAAGAAAAGAUGAAAAGGAACACUCUGAAUCAAUCAUAAGAAUCAAUUUGAAAAAGAACAAACAUCUAAAAGUUAAAGGUAUUUAUUUCAAACGCUGUGGAUAAUAGUAUUUGUUAUUUUACGUUUUUAAUAUUUUAUUAAGUCAACAUCACUGAUAUUAACCAUAAUAAGUCCAUCUAAGAUUUUUGCAAUGAAUGUUAAUGGAAGAGGUAUAAUAACUAGAGGAUUUUAAUAUUUGAAAGACAUAUAUGGUAUAUUAAAAUUAUAAUGACAAAUAUGAUAUUUGUGCAUUUUUACAGUAAUAUAUUGGUAAAAACUAAAAAAAAGUAUUUUGCCAUGAGAAUAAAAAUAAAAAUAAAAUGUGAAGGGUGUGAAAAAGGAACAAAGGCUAAGCAGAUUUAAUUAUAAAAAGGGUGGGGUUUUGUAGUGUGGGAAAGCCCAUCAAAAUGCAAAGAGCGGCCCCCUGCGGCACACGUCUCCCUUUCUUUUCUCUGCUCGUGCUUUGUUCUUUCGUCAAUCCCUUUCCCCUCCUCAUCCACCGCCUCCGUCCCUUGCAAGAGAGGAGAAAGCAGAGAAAAAGGAAGAAUCUUUUUUAGACCACCUGCCCAAUCUCACCCCGCCCAACCCCAACCCUUCUCGAUCUCACACGGAAGGUGGAUCAAGAUGUCGUCACCGAGCAAGCGCCGCGAGAUGGACCUGAUGAAGCUGAUGAUCAGUGACUAUAAGGUGGAGAUGGUGAACGAUGGGAUGCAAGAAUUCUUUGUGGAUUUUCAUGGCCCGAACGAGAGUCUUUAUCAAGGAGGAGUGUGGAGGGUAAGGGUGGAACUACCAGAUGCGUAUCCUUACAAAUCUCCAUCAAUUGGCUUCAUUAAUAAGAUAUAUCAUCCUAAUGUGGAUGAAAUGUCUGGUUCAGUUUGUUUAGAUGUUAUCAACCAAACUUGGAGUCCCAUGUUUGAUCUUGUCAAUGUGUUUGAGGUUUUCCUUCCACAACUUCUUUUGUACCCAAAUCCUUCAGAUCCCUUGAACGGAGAGGCUGCAGCACUAAUGAUGCGUGAUCGACCUGCUUAUGAACAAAAAGUGAAAGAAUACUGUCAAAAAUAUGCAACGCCCGAAGAUGAAGGCGCUUCUUCGGAAGAGAAAUCAAGUGAAGAAGAGCUUAGUGAGGAUGAAUAUGAUUCUAGCGAUGAACAGGUGGUGGGCAAACCUGACCCUUGAUAGGGCAUUUGUCUGCUAAUUGUACAUGUCUGAUUCACCUACCUACUGAAAAAAUCAAAUUCUUCCUUUCGUGUGCCAUUGUAAAUAAGCAUCAAAAUCAUGAAGUCAUUUAUUAGUGCUGCAUGAAUGAACUUUUUUAGUGA